AUGCUUCUUGAUACCAACGGCAACGAGUUCCACCUACCAGACUUCACAAUCAAGGAUGUCAGAAACGCAAUCCCACCCGAAUGCUUCGAGCGGAGCACCAUUCGCGGCUUUGGCUACGUCCUUCGCGAUAUCCUUCUCAUCUCCGCCACAUUCUGUCUUGCAAAGACCUUGAUCACAGAGAAACUCAUCUCCUCCUUCUGGGCCCGUGCUGCCCUUUGGAAUCUCUACGGUUUCCUGAACGGCCUCUUCGCAACCGGUCUGUGGGUUCUGGCGCACGAGUGCGGCCACCAAGCCUUCUCGCCAUACAAGACCCUCAACGACACGGUUGGGUUCAUUCUCCAUUCCGCACUCCUAGUGCCAUACUUCUCAUGGAAGAUCUCACACGGCAAGCACCACAAAGGCACAGGACACAUGCACCGGGACAUGGUGUUUGUUCCUCGCACGCGAUCAGAAUUCGCAGCCAGUGUUGGCAAGACCGUGGAGCAGCUUUCAGAGAUUACCGAGGAGGCACCGGUAUAUGCACUUGGAUACAUUCUGGCGCGACAGCUGUUCGGCUGGCCGAUUUACCUCUUGACCAAUGAUACUGGCCACAAUGAACAUGCGCGGCAGGCAGAAGGGCGUGGUCGUGGAAAACAGAAUGGGUUUCUCGAUGGAGUCAACCACUUCAAUCCAAACAGCCCGGUCUUUGAUGCGAGAGAUGUCAGACUUAUCCUGCUGAGUGAUGUUGGAGUUCUGGCAACCGCAGCGUUGCUCAAAUUGGCGAUCGACAGGUAUGGCCUCAGCAACGUGUUUACAUGGUACUUCGUACCUUAUCUAUGGGUCAACAACUGGCUGGUCGCCAUAACAUUUCUCCAACACACCGACCCCACGCUGCCUCACUACCAAUCUUCCUCUUGGACCUUCAUCCGCGGCGCAGCCGCCAUGAUCGAUCGAGACUUCGGCUUCAUCGGCAGACAUCUCUUCCACGGAAUCAUCGAGACCCACGUGCUGCACCACUACGUGUCCACGAUUCCGUUCUAUAACGCCGACAAAGCAACCGAGGCCAUCAAACCAGUCCUUGGAAGACACUAUAGAUCCGAUGUGGCGGGAGGACCUGUCGGGUUUGUCAAGAGUCUAUACCGAAACGUUCGGGUAUGUCAGUGGGUGGAACACACUGAGGGUGCUGUGGGAGAUGGUAGGAAUGUCUUGUUCUUCCGGAACCGUCGUGGAAUCGGUCCAAGGACACUCAGGGAACACUCGGAAUGA